GGCAGGAGCAGAAAACACUUGAUGAAUGUGGCAGUACCUGCUUUUACAUCUCUCUAUCUGACAGCUGAAGAAACAGCAGUCUGAACCAGUCCAGAACAUAAGUAUGAAGUUUAGCACAGCUUUCAGUGUUGCUGGAGUUAUACUUCUCAGCAUAGCAGGUUCUCUCUGCCAGUUAGAUGUGUGUGGUCGAGCCCCUCUCAAUGUCAGGAUUGUUGGAGGGGAGGAUGCGACGGCAGGAGAAUGGCCGUGGCAAGUCAGGAUUCGUGCCCGUAGCGCUUUGUGUGGUGGGACUCUGAUCAAUAAAGACUGGGUUUUAUCUGCAGCUCACUGCUUCAAAAAUUCUAGUAAUGUCAGUGAUCCUUACACUGUGAUGUACUUUGGGCGUCUGAAACAAUCCGGCUCAAACCCUCAUGAGAUAAUCAGGACAGCAAGACGAAUCAUCAGACAUAGUAACUAUAACGCCUCUACUUUUGACAACGACAUAGCACUGGUUCAGCUCAACUCUUCUGUGAAUUUCUCUGAUUACAUUAAGCCGGUCUGUCUGGCGGCGGCUGGUAGUGUAUUUUCUGCAGGUACAGAGAGUUGGGUCACUGGAUGGGGGUUGCUACAAUAUAAUGGCACACUUCCUGAUACACUGCAGGAGGUGACGAUACCCAUUGUGAGCAACAGUGACUGUGAUAAUGCUUAUAGAGGGUUUAACAUCAGCAUCACAAGCAAUAUGAUUUGUGCUGGUUUGUUAAAUCAGGGAGGAAAAGGUUCAUGUCAGGGAGACUCUGGAGGUCCAUUGGUCAGUAAGAAAGACUCUCUGUGGAUUCAGUCCGGCAUUGUGAGUUUUGGUGCAGGAUGUGCUCACCCCAGAUAUCCUGGCGUGUUAGCCAGAGUCUCUCAGUACCAGGACUGGAUCAAGUCUUACAUGAGCAGCAACCCACCUGGAUUUGUUGAAUUCAAAACUGAAAAGCCUACAUCCAACUCCAACUUCAGAAGUGCACCCAACCUCCUCUUAUUUUCCCUUUCUCUCACAUUCUCCAUCAUUCCUUUCACCUUCUCCCUCUUUCUCUCUUCCUAAAGAUUGUUUGAACAGAAACUCUCAGGGUUUCUUUGAUGAAGUGGACAGUUGUGCUGUACAUGUUAUUAAUAUUGUCAUUAUACAUUACAUGUAAAUUAUAUUGUGAUUCAUGAAAUGAUCUCUUAUUGACAUUAUACGAGCAUACACUAAUGAAGUUCCUGCUUCUAUACCCUGAAAUUCAGCAUGUUUUCAUAAGUAGUAGAUAUUGACCAAUAUUAUUAUUAUUAUAACAAUACCAUUUCUUUUUUUGUUUAUAUGUAAUAACCAGCUUAACUGAUUUAGGGUCUUGUAAGAAAAAAUGAUGAGGACGUUGAAGAUCUCGAUGAAGAUGUUCAUUGCAGCGUAGCAGUGACAAAGUACAAGUAGUACCUUGGGUUCAUCGGAGUCGGAAUGAACCCAGAACAUCCAAAUAUCAAACCUUUUAUCCUGUUACAGUUUACCACCCUUCAUGUAAAUGUAAUUUCUCAUGUUUUACCAGCUGUGGUCUGUAUGUUAAUGAAGUUGUGACACCUCAUUGUCUGAGAUGGUUCUCUGUGUCCCACACCCAUUCCCAUUCUACAAUUGAUGACCAUUUGAUCAGGAUGUGAUCAACCCAAAUGGGACAUACACAAUAUACCAGCUGACUUUCUUCUUCUCUAUGAUGAAUAAUCCAUUUUGGGAAUGAGCUCAUUCUAAAAUAUACCUUGGAGUGGAAUCUGGGUAGAGGCAGACUACAAUUUCUUACAGUCUGGAGCUCUGCAUUGGAUCCCACUUGUUGAAAAUGUAAUAUUCACACUGUCUAAGCAGAAUAAACACAAAAGAAU